GACGUCAUUAUACGUGUCACGUGGUGUGGUUGAUAAUGUAGCGUCCUGCUCUCGCCAACAGAACUCUUUUAAAACCCACUAACUACACCCGCCGGCGUUUACUUUCUCCAACUCGCAAUUUUACGUCAUAAUUGUGGAUUAAAGCGUGUCAGGAGCAAACAACAUGCCGUCAUAAGUUGUCGUAACGAAAGGGAGAAGUAAGGGGAGCGCUGCGGUCCAAUCUUGACGCCUGUCUCCGCAGCCUUGCGGUAUGGCGACGGGUACUUGCUGCUAUCAAACAGGCGCCUUUUGUGACUGCGCAAAAGACGUUAGGAAGAGCGCAGAGGAAGAAAGAGGCAGCAAUGGGUCGGAUGGCAGCGAGUGCCCGCCGCUCUGCGUCACGACGGUCGACGUAGGCCCACCGUCUCUGUUCAAAACCUUCCCAAGCGACAGUGGCCCUAUUUGCCGCAUCUGCCACGAAGGAGGCAGCAUGGAAACCCUCCUGUCCCCGUGCGACUGCACCGGCACGCUGGCCACGGUGCACAGGAGCUGCCUGGAGCUCUGGCUGUCGUCCUCCAACACCAACUACUGCGAGCUGUGCCACAAACACUUCACCGUUCAACGUAGACUCAGGUCUUUCAAACAGUGGCUGCACGAUCCAGGCACGAAAGAGGAAAGGAGGUUGGUGUUCUGCGACAUCAUGUGCUUCCUUUUCGUCACGCCGCUGGCCUCCAUUUCGGGCUGGUUGUGCCUCAAGGGCGUCAAGGAUGACCUUCAGCUGGGCAGCUUGCUGCAGAACACUGGCCUCAUCUCGCUAACCCUCGUCCUUUUCAGCAUCUACACCCUCUGGACCAUGGUGUGCCUGCGGUACCACUGUAAGCUGUACUCUGAGUGGAGAAGAAAGGAUCAGCAAGUGCAUCUGCUCAUUCCCAAAACCAAAGAGGCCGCCUCUUCCCAGAAUCCUUUGCAGUCCCCAUUGCCUCGCAACACACUUUCUCCCGAGACUUUAGUAUGAGACAAAUGUGUGCUAUUUUUCCUGUGUUGAACCUCAUUUUGCAGCCAUGACAUUGACUGGCUUUGACAUCCAAACCAUUUGAACUGAAUGAUCAUGUUUCAUUGUUAUUAAUUGCGAGAGACAUCCAAUGCAUUUGGACUGGAAAGCAAUCCCUCCCAGUUCAAAUGGAUUGGACGUCUAUUGCUGUCAAUGGCAGCAUAAGAGUUAAUGAUUCAGUUGUUUUAAUUGAGCUGACAACAGUCUACCAACAACUCCUGGUAUCGUUUAAAAAGAGAGGAAAAAAAAAAACAUGCUUGCACUUUGUUGACAGUAUAAUGUCUAAUUUUAUUUAUUUGAAUUCAUUGUUGAGUGCUCUUAUUUCCUGGCUGCGUGAUUGUAUUUAUAUUGAUGAUUCUUAUUAAAAAAACAUUUUCUGUACAUACAAGCACUGACAUGAAAUGGACAACAAAGUCCUUGCCCACAAAAUGUUUUUCAAUGGUUUUGUUUGUGUUUUUAAAGAGCGUUGAAAGGGGGCCACGAGGGGAUCAUCUGUUUUACAAGCUUAUGAGCGGUUUGUUUAUCCGUGUGUUUACAGUUUAGUGACGAGACUCCGCCCAGAUCAUCAUCAGAUGCCAGGGAACAUUCGUUAUGUUGUCGUUAUGUUUACGGCCCCAGCCUGCUUUCAGUUUGGAUGGAUUUCUUAUAUUUUAGAACUUUUGUUUCCUUAUUUUGUAUUUUGUUUUUGUUAGUUUUUUUGCUCAAUUGGGCACAUCUACAAGGAGAUUCCAAUUUUGAUUCCUUAAUUUGUUAUGAAUUUUAAAAAAUAUAUUAAAUGUACAUAUAUGAUAUUUAAAUGUUUGAUUUGCUUGGUUUGUUGAAUUCUUAAAUUUGAAUUAUAACUAGGUACAUUUUUAGAUUUACAAUUUUGAUUGCAGUUACAAUUGAAAAUUUCGAAUACAAUUACAAUUUCACAAUUUAAACUAAAAAUUAGGGCUGUCAAAAUUAUCGCGUUAACGGGUGGUAAUAAUUUUUUAAAUUAAUCACGUUAAAAUAUUUGACGCGUUUAACGCACAUGCCCCGCUCAAACAGAUUAAAUUGACAGCAGUGUCAUGCCUUUUUUUUUUUUUUUGUCGCCCUCUGCUGGCGCUUGGGUGCGACUGAUUUUAUUUUACAGCAGGGAGCCCAUGUGACGUCUCGCUCUGCGACAUCAACAAUGGUGAGCUACUAGUUUAUUUUUUGUUUGAAAAUUUUACAAAUUUUAUUAAAAGAAAACAUUUAGAGGGGUUUUAAUAUAAAAUUUCUAUAACUUAUACAUUUAGCUUUUAAGAACUACAAGUCUUUCUAUCCAUGGAUCGCUUUAACAGAAUUAAUAAUGUUAAUGCCAUCUUGUUGAUUUAUUGUUAUUAUAAACAAAUACAGUACUUAUGUACCGUAUGUUGAAUGUAUAUAUCCAUCUUGUCCAAUCUUUCCAUUCCAACAAUAAUUUACAGAAAAAUAUGGCAUAUUUUAUAAAUGGUUUGAAUUGCGAUUAAUUACAAUUAAUUUUUAAGCUGUGAUUAACACGAUUAAAAAUUUUAAUCGUUUGACAGCACUACUAAAAAUGCGUACUUAUUUAAAUUUCAAGUAAUCUUAACAAUCACAAUUAUACUAGAACAACGUGCAAUUUUUUGGUUGGGAUAUUUCAUGCUUUUUUAAUGUUAAUGUAACAUUGUUUUUCAUAAGAAAUGAGCACUUACGUUUGCCUUUUUAAAGUUGUUUUGAAUUGUGAUUAAUUACGAUUAAUUAAUUUUUAAGCUGUGAUUAACACAAUUAAAUUUUUUAAUCAUUUGACAGCCCUACUAAAAAUGCGUACUUAUUUAAAUUUCAAGCAAUCUUAACAAUUAUAAUUAUACUAAAACAAAGUGCAAUUUUUUGGUCAGGAUAUUUCAUGCUUUUAUUGGUUAUUUUUAACCAAUGUAACAUUGUUUUUCAUAAGAAAUGAGCACUUACGUUUGCCUUUUUAAAGUUGUUUUGAAUUGCGAUUAAUUACGAUUAAUUAAUUUUUAAGCUGUGAUUAACACGAUUAAAAAUUUUAACCGUUUGACAGCCCUACUAAAAAUGCGUACUUAUUUAAAUGUCAAGUAAUCUUAACAAUCACAAUUAUACUAGAACAAAGUGCAAUUGUUUGGUCGGGAUAUUUCAUACUUUUAUUGGUUAUUUUUAAUGUUAAUGUAACAUUGUUUUUCAUAAGAAAUGAGCACUUACGUUUGCCUUUUUAAAGUUGUUUUGAAUUGCUAUCAAUUACAAUUGAUUUUUAAGCUGUGAUUAACACAAUUAAAAUUUUUAAUCGUUUGACAGCCCUACUAAAAAUGCGUACUUAUUUAAAUUUCAAGUAAUCUUCACAAUCACAAUUAUACUAGAACAAAGUGCAAUUUUUUGGUUGGGAUAUUUCAUGCUUUUAUUGGUUAUUUUUAAUGUUAAUGUAACAUUGUUUUUCAUAAGAAAUGAGCACUUACGUUUACCUUUUUAAAGUUACGUUUUUUUCUCAGCCAUUUUCAAAGAGCCAAAAAUAGCAAAGAGUGUUAAAACUCAUGAUUUGAUUUCGAUGGGUUAAGUUUCGCCCAAUUAUCUCCCAGAAGUGGCAAUAGCAACUAAACUCAAUGUAUUUAUUGAUUUAGAGACGCGAACGCGUCAUGUCCUUCAGCACCAUGUUGAGGUCUGAAGGGGUUAAGUACAAUCUCAAAUUUAAUAUGAUUUUCAUUCCAUUCAUUUGAUAUAUAAAACUUUUUUUGAUAUAUGGUGGAAAACACAGACAAGGCUGAAAAAGCAUAUUCUGCUCUCGCACCACUCUUUAAAAUAAACUGCUGUAUUUUAAGCCAAAACAACUGUUGUGUUUGAUAGAACAAUGUGUCUAUAUACUGCCGUAGCAGUUUCAUGGUGCAUUUAGCACCCCAAGCUAUUUUUAUUCGUCUGUUUUACCCUGGGGACCCAUGUUUACAGACAUCGCGCAACCGCUUUUGUGUCAACCCAGUCAAAAAAAGAAGGUAAGUACCGUACUGGCCCGAAUUUAAGACGUUUUUUGCAUUGAAAUAACACUGAAAAAGAGGGGAUCGUCUUAUAUACGCGGUCUAGACAUUAUACCCAUUCACGACGCUAGAUGGCGCCAGAUAUCAUUGAAGCGAUGUUCUGUCAUGACAGAUCUCAGCUACUCUCAAGUUUAAUCAGUUUGCAUUAUUUUAUUGCAAUGUUUUUCUUUAUUCAGAUUUGUUUCAAGACUACAGUUACAGUUAGACUUCACUUUGAUGGUUAAUGCAGUUAUUGCAAUUUUUUUUGUUUUAUCGCAAUAGAUUGGUUUAUUUACAUUUCAAAAACCAGAAGCCAUUCAUUUACGAAUGUGAUUUCACUCUAGUUUACAUAUUUAAAUGUUCAGAUAUUAAGUUUUGAAUGAGGCAAAAUAACAUGCUUUUUCUCUCAAAUAUAUUGUUAUAAUCAUUUGUUUUGGGUGUACUGUAAUUAUUUUCUGUAUAAAAAUUAAUUUGGUGUUCAAAAAGUCUUUUUUCAAACGAGUCUUGAAAAAGACGGGGUCAUCUUAUAAUCAGGGCUGUCUUACAUUCGGGCCAAUACGGUAAUUUUAGUUAUUAUUCGAAAUGUCUAUCAUUUUUAGCUCAGAAUCAUUAAUUGAUGUCUAAUAUUUAGUUAAAAAAAAAAAAAUUAAAAAUGAUUCACUCGCAUAUUUUAAACGUUUUAAACAAAUUACGUCUCAAUGAAAAAAAUAGUGUCUGUAAAUAGUUACGAGAUAUCCGUGACCCAUCGCUUAAUUGUAUUUUUCUGUUUGUUGCAUUUCCCCUGAUAUUUCAAAUAUUAAUAAUCGAUCCAAACAAACAAA